GUGACUCUACUGGAGAAAUAUUUUUAUUGUGCUCUGUAAAUAUGCAUAAAGCCUCAGUAAACAUGUGAUAUAAUUGUCACAAUUCCCAUAAUCCGUUGCAACUUCCCUACCUUACUGGCCUCACCCUAAUGCUUUAGUUUUCGAAUACACCUUUUCACAAUGAAAAACCCCCUGACAGGCUCUACGGUAAGUUAAUUAUGUAUUUAUUUAAGAUACAAAUCAAUACAAACUUGCUCUAAAUAGCAGAAAUUAUCUUUAGAAUAUUUUGGAUAUGAAUUUCGAUCUUUGAUACGAAAAGAAAUGUUUAGAUAUAUUGCAUGAAUAAUUAAGGAUAUACAAAACAGUAACAUUAAUUGCUAGUUGUUAAUAUUAUUAUUGACAUAUUAUAUAGCGCCAACUUAUUCCUCAGUGCUUUACAAUAUUAUAAAUAGGGAAAUCUGUCGAUAAAUGGGACAAUUACAAAAUGUUACAGGAACAAAAGGUUGAUGAGGAACCUGCACGAAAGAGCUAUCAUACGCUAUGUGUAUCUCUAAUGCAUUUCCUGCAGAUAAGAAAUGAGACAUAGGGGUUCAUUAAAUAAGAAAUGAAUUGAAGUGAAUUAAAAAACAGAUUUCAAAAUAUAAGAAAAAAGCAGCUAAUCUGAAAAAUGUCCCAACCCUCACACGAGGGUUGUUUUGAAUUCGAAAUGAAUUUCAAAUGUAAGGCCAGAGUAGUCGAUCUAAAAGCUGACUAUUUUGAACUUAAUUUUGAAAUUCACUUUGAAUUCUCACUUUGGUUAAAAAAAUACUUGAUCACAAUUUGGGUAAAUUUAUACAAAUUAGGUUAUAUAAGUUUCGAUAACAUACUUUCUGAGUUUAGUGAAUUCAAAUAAUUACCAGAUUUUUGCAGGAAUACAAUAUUUAACUAAUUAGGUUACUUAAUGUUUGUUUUUAACAGUAGUUUAUCUUUGUUUCUUCUAUAUACAAAUAAAAUACUUUAUUUUGUAAUCGACUAAUAGUAAUUUCUUUUAACCCACAAAAAUGACAUCCAAUUGUUUAUUUUAUUGUUAACACUGUGCUCAUAAGAAUACUUAAAUUACCAGUAUCAAUUGUAAUUGCUUUUUUAAGUAAAUUUUUAAACACUUACAAAAAAUAAUUUAUUAUACAGACUAAUAUCCAAGUCAUCAUACAAGCAAUUGUGAUAAAAUGCCUAAUUUUUUUUUAUAUUGUACAAUUUCUGUCUACAAUUUGCAAUCUGUCCAUGUAUUUCCAUGAGAACGGUCAACAUUCCAUGAGUUUAGUUAAUAUUCUUACCAGAUCACUUGCAAAUGAAUUUCUCACUUUAUAAAAUAUUGAAUACAUUGGAUUUAUUCACUAAGCAGUGAAUUACAGUGAACUGUAAACCAAACUGCGAAAUGUAGGUGAAAAUAGCCAAGCUAUGAGCAGUUGAGCAAGAUAACAUUUACAAAUCAGAUUUCUUUGCCCAAAUGUGAAAAUUGCUUUGCAAUGCUACAAUUACUACAAUUUGCUGUUUCGCUAAUAAUCCUCAUAGUUUUAAUAAUGUGAUUGACAGGUUAGUGUGCCUUCCUAUCCCAUAUUCCAAUGUUCCAGUUUCUUUGAACUAAAGUGGAGUUAGUAGUUUGAUGCUUUUAUAAAAUAUCUGAUCCUAUAAUUAUAAAGGUUUCAAAGUUCAGUGCAACUGGUUUAUUUUAGGUUAUAUAUGAACUAUAGUUCUCUGGCAGCAUGGGGCAGCUAUUAGGGAGGUAAUGGGGCAACCGCCUCUCCCCCCCCCCCCGGUUACUGGUAUGCACGCACUGUGCACUGCAGCCUCACUGCACAAUUUAUCUACUGAUUAAGCGCUGCAGGAGGUCAGUUGAGAUGUCUGCUGGCAGAAUAUUUCAGAAAUGAGGCAGAAACUGUGUCAGUGCCUUUGCUAGUCCAUUACUCUGUGGGUUUGUGCUAGGGCUGAUUGCACCCGAUUCCAGUGCUCUCCAGUCCUGGACACACCCAGUGACAUAUUUUCCAUGGAACUGCAGUAUCUGGGACGAACCAGACUACCAUACAAUGCAGAGACGGUUUGGUGUGGAGGUUCUUGCAAGUGGAGUCACAGGAAACAGAGUUUGCAUCUCAGUGAAUGCUCCUUCAUGCUAUGUAGAUCACACCUUCCAAGUGUCCCUUCUUAGCAGGAACAGUCCAUUUUUAGGGUCCAAAUCCAUCUGUUUCUGUUUUCUAUCCUAAUGUGCCUAUUUCCUAGGAGCUUCAUAGUGAUGGUGUUUAAAUGUAUAAUGGAGCACCACCGUAAUAAUUCUCAGCAAUGUAUCGUUAACCUGUUAAGGAUGGAGGCAAUUGUACAAGUUCUAAUCAAAAGAAAACAUAACAUUUGAGCUAUAUGUCUAUCCAAUCAUAAUUUAUCUUUCAUAAUAAGUGCACCCACACUUAAUAUGAAAGGUGCAUUUAUUAUAUAUCAUUUUGUUCAAGAGAAACAGGGUUUUCAUUUCACAUCUAAUAUUCAUAUAUGAAACAUAAUUUAAUAUGAUUAAAAUAUUUUGAGAAAUUAAGAAUUGUUUUUAUUUUUCAAGUUCUGCAUGAAAUUUUAACUGUGAAUGUUAUAAUACUGUUAGCUUUUACUACAAUAAAAUACACAUAUUUGUAUUUAGCUAUGUCUUACGAAUAGAACAGUACCCCCCAUGUACAGGUUUUAUAGGGUUUUGGAAAAUUACAAGAUCAAAUAUAGGACUUUCUCCAUUUUCAGUUUUUACUCAUUGAAAUUUGCCAGUUACCAUAAUAUCAGUGUAUUGCAGUAUGCAGAACAGCUCCUGAACCUGCAUCAGCCUAUCCCUGGAAGUAAUAGAACAUAUCUCCGAGAGUCCACCAGAGAGUCCGCCUUGUCGCUGCAGAGUAGGGUUCCCCUCCAGCCAUUGGCCUGAAUGAGGGCCAGCAUCCUGAUGGCAUUUGGGCACCAAGUCUUUUCCCCCGAUGGGGGUAGUGGGAAGAUCCAGAUAGUGAGUACCAUUGUCGGCAGUGAAUCUUCACUUUUUGUGGUCGAUGCAUUGAGACAAAGCCUCUUGGGGCUCUCAGCCCAUGAGGGCAGACAACAAGAUGGGUAUCUACUUUCAGAUCAGAUUUGCCCUAUGGGAAUCUCCUCUUCUCCGGUAUCUUCAGCUGUUGUGUUCGGAGCAUGGAGGCAACACCUCCUGAGGCUCUCGACCCAGGAGGGUAAGUGACAGGAUAAGUGAGCUGUUGCAGUCUGGAUUUGCGCUGAGGGUUCCCACCUCUCUCCAGUGCAAUGGUGUUCCGCCUGUCUGCUUGUUGCUGAGCCUCUUUGGUUCUCUGACGUUCCUGUAGCUUUUGCCAGAAGCCCUGGAAGAUUGCAUCUAGAUAUUUUAGGGCAGUUUCCAUAGAUUCUCGAGCGAGUGGCUGGAAUGGGCCUAGGCCCCGCAAGGCUGAGUGAGGUGAAUCCACCAUCUUGAGGAAGCAGUAAAAUCAAGGUUGCUGCUGGAAGUAAGAGGUAAGUGCAGCAGGUUUAACGCAGUCAGCUUCAGUGGGAACCGGGAUAUCCCCCACCGGCCCGGGGUGGGGGGAAGGGUUUCAGGCACAGCUCUGUCAGCGAAGUCCCUCCAAGGUUUCUAGCCACAUCUCCCAGUCGGGCCCACACCAGACCGCACAUCAAACAAGUUGGAGCCGAGUCCUGCCAGCAGCCCAUGUGCACAGGUAGUAUUCCUGAUAGCACCUAUCCACCGCCAGGUAUCCGUCUGUAGCAAUACUUCAAGCGAAUGAGCUAGGUUACUGUAGUAAAAUCAGAUUAAGUGAGGAGCUCACUCCCCCGCUCCCCAAAUGUUGUUAUUUUUCAAGUUCUGCAUGGUAUUUUAGUUGUGAAUGUCACAAUACUGUUAGUUUUACUGCAAUAAAUUACACAUAUUUGUUUUCAGCGAUGUCUCACUAGUACAACAGUACACCCCAAUGUACAGGUUUUAUGGGGUUUUGGAAAGUUACAGGGUUAAAUAUAGGGCUUACAAAUUAAAUUCUCUGGAAUUUAAUUCUGCCUGGGUUGUCAGGCAGGUCUCCCAAUAUAUAAUUAAUAAAAUCACAUAAUUAUGUAAAAAUAAUGCAAUUAAUGAAAUUAUUAUAAACAAAAAUCUUUAGACGAAAGUAUCUGAAAUGAAAUAUAGUUAAUUUCUGCAACUUUGGCCUAAAGUUGUUCAUCAUAUAUUAUCAUAUAUAAAAUCAUAUACUCAUAUAUUAAACAUUUUAGGGCAAAUUAGUUGAAAUGUAACAUAGCUAUAGAUAGAUAUUAGCACGUUUCAUUUGAGCAACUUUGGCCUAAAAUUUUUAAUAUAUGAUGUAAUAUUUGUAUAUAUGAUUUAUAUGUGAGGUAAAAUUUGUAUAUAUGAUUUAUACAAUAUUACAAAAUGUCACUAAUUUUGUGUUGGUGAAUCUGCCUGACCACCCAGUCAAUCUCGGCAAUUCGGCCGAUCAACUCAUGUGAUCACAGUGUCACCUUGAUCACGUGACUCAUAUCAUUGGGAUUGACUGCAGGCUGACUGCCUUGGUUGUGAGGCAGUCCUCUAGAUCAGAUCCGGUGAGGAGGGCAAGUAUGCUGACUGCAGGGAGGGCAUGCUAGGCCAUGCUAGGCCGCCCUAACAGUGUUAAAGUUCUCCUUUUGUAGUAUGGUAUAACACGCCUUAAUGUUGGGAAAGGGUUCAAUGCAUAAAUUAUUAAUAAGUCACCUAAAAUUAUUUUGGUCAGGCCUGCCCCUGGUCACACCCACCAGCACCCCUCUGUCUAUUUAAAAUCUUAAGAGGUGUGCACAAAUCAUACUUAUGGAGGUUGCAGGGGUACAUGAUGUCCGACCUUGAGACGGCAGCAGUCUCCAUCUGUUAAACUCAUAUAUUGCAUGAUCCAAUAUGAGUAGGGACAGCCACACAGAGUUCAGCACAUAUUGUGAGCAAAAACAGGCCAUUCGUUUGAAUUUACCCAACAGUUACAAAGUUUCCAGUCCUCUUGUUUAACAGAUAAUGUGGCAAAUUAUUUAAAUCUAUUGCUUGUUUUAUGAAUCCAAAUGCAGACCACAUUUUUUAUGUAUUAACUUUUUAAUGCUUUUUUUCCCCCUUAGUAUGAAAAAGUGUAUCAAGACUUAAAGGAUAUUUCUAAAAAUGGAGAAACAUUUUGUAAAUCUCUCAUGUCUGUUCUACAGCAGAGGUGCGUACAUAUUUAUAUGUAUAUAUAUAUAUAUCUUAUUCAAAAAAAUACUUAUUCAGAAUAUUUGUGGACAUAUACCCACUAUCUGCUAUAAAAAGGUUGGAGAAUGUCAUGUGAUCAGUGAUCAAAGUCUUAUAACAUAAGUGGUUACAAUACUGGUCAGUCUUACUAUUUUCCUGCAUCUGAAAUAUUUAGGAGACUCAGUCCUGCCUUAUCAAAAAAGAAGCUUAAUUUUGCCUGUAAGCUAAAGUUUAACACAUGUAUUCUGAGCCAUUACUGAGAUAUUACAUCAUAUGUUAUAUUACAGCUUAUCAGUAUCAUAUGUAUAACAAAGUCCCAACACGUUUCUCAGUAAUGGCUCAGAAUUUGGUUAACCAGUAAUCACACCUGUGAUCAGCUUGUGAAGUCUGUGGGAGUGCUGUGUACAUAACACAUACAUGAUAAGUUCUCCUCCAAGUAGGUUUAGAUCCAAUCUAUAUUAUUGACAGAAGAUGUAGAGAUUAAAGAUAAAUUUACCCGAGGGUCACAUCCACCUUACCCAGGAAGACAAUAUAUAUUAUUCAAAUAUGUUUUUUAAAUCUAGGAGAAAGUGCAGGUAGUGGAGCGCUGAUUAAAUAAAGAUAGAUGAGAAUAGGGUAAAAAAUAACCUAACAACCUAUACAAUAUAAAUAUUUAUUUACUAAUAUGUUUUUUAAAUCAACAUAAAAGAAAACUUAAAGGAACACUACAGUGUCAGGAAAACAAUGCUGUUUUUUCAGCUAUUUUGAACUUAAAUUUUGAAUUCACUUUGAAUUGUCAUAUUAGUCAAUAUCUAUGUUCUUAGACCCAGGAGGCACAAUGAUCUAUAUCUGCCUGUCUCUCUUUAUAUCUAUCUAUGUCUGUCAGUCUACAUAGACAGACGCACACAGCACAUGAAGGCAGUGAAAAAAUACCAACCCUUCUGCCUCGCUUAGGGCAAUAUUCUCCCUCCGCCAGCACCGCAGCAUGGCUACGUUAUAAGUAACCUGAUUACUUCUUUCAGCCAGGUCUCUUCAAUGCUGUUCUGGUGCAUUGGUAGUAGUGAGAGAGAGCUGAGGGAUAGAUUCACUUUUCUGUCAUCCAACAGAUACACAUGUAACAAUGCUGAAGACACCUGCUUUAUUCAAUUGUAUGUUAUAACCUGUUGAAGGAAAAUAAUAAGCAGGAACUGAAACACCAGUUUAUGUUUUCUGUGUUAUAUAGAUAAUACAUUAAAAUAUGCAAAUAAAAACUAAAAUUUAGAGUUGCUGAAGUUGAUAUACUUGCACAGCAGACAGGCUUUUCCCUUGCCAGGAAGAGGCUCCACGAAUCAGAGGUUGUUCAUUCUGAGAUCAUAUCCCUUAUCUUAUCAGCAUGAGGCUCCACCAAUCAGGAUCAUAUUCCAUAAUUCUCUGCCCAGGGUUUCAUGAAAUAAGUAGAUUGAAUGGAACUGCUCUAUGUAGCAAAGAUACCGUGGUUCAUAAACAGCCUGGUUUAGUGUUCUGUGAACCUGGGUGUGUGCCAUGAUCUGCCUGUUUCUAUCUCCAGGUGUCCAGGGAGGGGAUUUCUAACCUAGCUUUGCAUAUGGCGUAGAAAUUCCUCUUCUGUUUUGAAAGCCAGUGGGACAAGCUUAUAGUUGCUGUAAUUCUAAGCCACUUUCAGCAGAGAGUCCCGGUGCAGGGUUUGAUCCCAUAUCUUGUUUAAUAAAUGAAAGCUGGUUUAGUGCUUACAUUGACUUUUAAUUAAUUCUUAACAUUUUACAAGGAUUAAUAACCAGAGAAAAAAAACAAUUUGUCAAAUAAUGCCAUUAUUUACUUUUCUUUAUUUAGAACUAACUUGAAUCUAAUAAAUGUGUAUUUUUAUUGCCUUGCACUGAUAAAACAUCAAGUACACAAAAAAGCAAAAAUAAUGCAUAAAUGGGCCAUAAAUAAGUAGUGUAAUUUAAUUUUCAUCUAUCAUUUUGCAUUUUUUUAUUUUAUGCCUUUUUAACAAUGUAUUUGUAUGAUAUGAUACAUAAAUUUUUUUUGUGUUGUUAUUAUUAGAAUUGUUAUUGAUAUUAUUUAUGUAUUUGCUUUCAAUAUAUUAUUCACACUUUAUUAUACACUGCAAUGGUGAUGCUUGAUGCACACUUUGCACCUCUAUGUUAAUUAUCGCUCAUGCGUGUUAAUUAUUGAUAAAGGGAAAGCUAUUGAGUGAUGGAAAAUUAGAACAUUUUAAAUUCCAAGCUUUUAUGAAUUCUGCUUUUUGAAUGGACAUAUGUGCAUAUAAAAAUCUGAGAGAAUUCAAUUUUCAACUUCAAGAAUUCAACUUCAUGCUCCAAUCCGGAAAUAUAUUGUAUUUCCUUUAAACUAAGAGAGUAACAAUGUAAUUGAGUCAAGCAUCAAAAUAAUAACUUGUCCUAAUUAACAUGACGUUAUAAUUUUAGAUCUAACCUGGAACUGUCUUAUGCCAAAGGACUGGAAAAGGUAGCAAGCAAAUUGACGAAAGCAUUAGAUCACAUGAACAAAAAGUGAGUGAACAAAAAAAAAUAAAAAAAUUGACAAUUCUUGGUUUAGUAGAUAGCCCUUUAGGUUUGGGAGGGAGGCUCUGUGUACCUGGAUAACAAAGGAACAUUGUAUGUAGAGGUGCGAAGAUUGAUUGUUUGAUUUCAGAAUGCUGUUACAGAGCAUAUCCACCCACAGAGUAAAUCAUUCAUAUCACUGACAUAUCUGUAUUAAAAAGAGUUACAAGUAUGGUGUGUACCUUCUAGGGAGUGUUCUUAAAGCCAAGUAAUACAUAAAGCCUGCAGCUUCUGAAGUAUUUUAUGACUGGAUUUCAAUUAAACAAUAUGGUGAAAUUACUUCCAGUUUUCUAGUGCAUUAUUAGUUAGUUACAUUCCCUCGCCAGCUGGAGGCGCUGCCAAUCAGGAGCCUCUCAUUCAGGUCUGUGGAGUCUGAUGUUAUUCUAUAAAUCCCUGACCAGCAGGGUUUAUUUCCUCAGCCACAGUUCCACUAAUCACAUAGGAUGACUGGAACUAUUUUAUAAAAUUAUAGAAUCCAUACCCUGACUGUCAUCAGUUUAUAAACAGCACAGUUUGGCAGUACUAUUGACUGUGCAUGUCUGCAUUUUUGAAGGUCUUGGUGCUGUGCCCAUGUCCCCAGUGGUGUAUUUUGGUUUCGUGCUGCCCUAGGCAUGACGAAACUUGGGCACCGUAACAUCUGCGCAUAUUGACAGACCCACAUACAAAUUCACUGACAGACACACACACACACACUGACAGACAAACACAUACACAUUCACUGAUGGACACACACAAACACUUAGUGACAGACAUACACACACUGAUAGACAUACACAUUCACUGACAGACAUACAUACACACUCACUGGCAGACACACACUCUCACUGACAGACACAUAUACACUCUCAUUGACAGACAUACACUUACUGACAAACACACAUUCACUAACAAACACACACACACACUCAGUGACAGGCACUCACACUCUUUGACAGACACAUACAUACACACUCACUGAUAGACACACACUGAUACUAACACACUCACAAUUUAUUAUUAUUUUUAAUUUCAAUCAACCCAGCCUCGAUAUCUUUGAGAGUGCAUGUUGUCCAGUGGGGCUGCUUGGCUGGUUCCUGUGGUGCUGGGCGGCUGAGCGUGAGAUCAAUACAGGCAGCGAGGGAUCACUCUCCCCUGAGUUCUUCCUGCUCUGCUUUCUCGCGAGCCGCUUAGUGAUGUUGGGGCCGGAGUUACAUCAUAUUCAGUCUCCGGCAUCACUACAGGGUGCGCAAGGGAACAGAACAGGAAGAGCUCAGGGAAGAGUGCUCCUUCGUGCCCACCUAGAACCACAUCCGAUUCCAGCUGAGGGAGGGGCCUCAAGGUGGCCAGCUGGCCACUUCUUGCGUCCCCCAGGACAAGAGGCUGACUAGGUAUCUGCCACGGCAUUUUUUCCAUCCAAGACAAAUGCCUUGAUAACCUAAAUACAACGCUGCCUGUCCCCCUUAUCCCUGCAAAGUGAAACUUUGUUUACCAGGCAGCCACUAGAGGCGCUUCCUGCUGUUUGACUCUAUGAAACGACGCUGAACUUCCUUACGCUUAACAUAAGGACAUCCAGCGUCCUCAAAAUCAUCAUAGGAAAGCAUUGAUUCAGUGCAUUCCUAUGGGGAAUGGCCUAAUGGGUAUGGGGUGCUCACCACGCAUGCGCAUUAUGUCCCCCCUUGGCGCUGACAUCGGAGAAGGCAGAUAUAGAGGCAGUGCUGAGGAUCCUUGGCACUGGAAUCAGGUGAGUGAAAGAAAAGGUAAUUUAACCCUUUCAGUGCUGUGGGAGGAAGGGAUGGGGGGCAGAGGAACUAUUUAGUGUUAGGAAUACAACUUUAUGUUCCUAACACUAUAGUGUUCCUUUAACCCCUUUAGCUCCAGCCAGACAUGGUAUUGUGCAAUGUCAACCUCUGCUACUAUUUGACCACAAUUUUUAUAAUCCUAGAGUUGGCAGCAGUUUAUAUGAGUGUUAAGCAAAUAUCAGUCAGUAUUACUGUGAAGUAUCACAGUUUUUUAUGUGUUAUUUGUUUUCCUUUUACACACUAUCCAGGUUAUUCACUAUAAUGAGAAUUUAAGGUGAAUUUCAACUUUAAGGUCAAAAUAAAUGAACUGGGAACAUUCUCUAAGUCAGCUCAGCUACUCUGACCUUAAAUUUAAACUUCAUUUUUAAUUCACUUUGAAUUCUCACCAUAGUGAAUAACUCGAAACAGGAUUCUUCCAUUUCAAUUUAUUGGUUACGGUUUUUGCAGUGCGUAUAAUGUGGAAUGUGAAGCCCCACUAUAAUUGCAUGACGUUAUCAUUGUAAUGGCUUAGUGGGAGAUACCAUGUACAAACAUAAGAUACGGUGAAAACAAAAUCCAUAAAUCCCCUUUCUGCUCACAUCUAGUUGCAUCCACGAUGCCUGGACAUGCGCAUCAGAUGAAAUGAAGACGACGGCAGAAGUUCACAAGUACGUUUUACCAAUUUUAUCUAUCGUAGUCACAAUGUAUGGGAUAAUCUUAGAAGAUAAAAGAGAUACAACAAUGAUUGUGUGCCGUUUUAUAGGUUUAUUAAAUAAUUUUCAUUUUUGUUUUGUUGUUCUGUUGUUUAAAACAGAUGUAUUUUAUACAUUGUUAAUAUUUUCUUACACAUAAUGUACGGUUAGUUUUGACACAAAAUCUAAUUAUAUGUUUCAUGCUUAAUAUUUGCAUAGAUUUUCUGUUUUCACGCAUUUGCAUUCUGACAUACAAGAUUAUUCAUUGAAGUGAGAAUUAAAGGUGAAUUCAAAUUGAAUUUCAAAUUUAAAGUCAACUACUAUAGCCUUAAAUUUGAAAUUCACUUGUAAAUCGACAAUUAUAGUCUUUAAAGUGACACUAAAGGCACCCAGAUCACUUUAUCUCAAUUAAUGUUGCCCCAUUUAAACUGCAGCUGAAAGCAUUUAGGAUUUUGCCACACAUAACUCUAGCCUCCCAGUGCUUUUUUAUGGGAGGCUGAGAUGAUUAAUUUCGAUGAUCUCAGUCAAGGAGGCAGAGCUUUCCAACACAAACCAGUAUUGCGAGGGAGGAAAAGUAAGUAAAAUACCUUGUUUUACUCCCUGCAAGGGGGCGGGUUGGUUUCCCAAACAGCCAACAAGGAACUAUAGCGUUAGUAAUGCACAUUUGUUUUCCUAACACUAUAAUGUUCUUUUAGCGGUUUCUCUGUUACAUGCUCUUGUAUCAGUCAUUAUGCAAAAUAUAUUUUGAUUUGUAAACAAUUCCAACAGUCGUGAUCCAUUAAAUAUAAUUUUGUUUGCCCUCUUAGCUUUUUCUGUUUAUGUAAAAAACAAAAACAAAAAAAAAACCUAUCUCUUGUAAUCUCUUAUAAUGUGUCCUAUCAAUUCUCCAUGAUGGUCUGGUCCUCACCUUACAGUAUUGAAGUUACUGUACCAUGUACAGGAAUGUUUCCAGAGAAAUAAGAGUUGUAGCAGAAUGAGUUUUAUUCAUGUUAACAAUAGGAAGCUUGUACACAUUGAUACAUAACAUACAAGUACACGGGUCAAGACAAGAAUAAAAAACUAGUGCUAGAAAAUUUAGAUUUUAUUUAUCCGUAGCUCCAGAUUUACAUCCAAGUUCAUAAUGUUCUUUUGCGUUGAAUGGACUAUUACUAUCAUUUGAAUGAAGAUAUGAUGUUGACAGAGUUUCACCAGACUUAGGGAUUUUAAAUGAAAUUCAUGAUUAUCAUCUAUCACCUCUCAAGUGUGUGUACACCCCAGUAAUUCAAUGUUUGCAGCACAAAAUUAAUAGGAGCAACAAUUUCUCAUUAGACGGUUUGCAGAUUUUAGAACACAGGUUUGCAAAUGUGUGGUGGAGUUGUCUUUCAAUAGUCGUCAGUAUUUAUAUACUAUAUAUGGUAAUUCCCCAAGCUACUUCCCACAGAAAAUAUAUGUGGAAGGCGAGGAACCCAUGUAUCCCCCCAGAGAUUUCCUAUCGGCAGUAUGUGCUACUCAAUGAUUUUCCAAAAUGAUCAAGCACAGAAGAUUUAAUUUGCAAUCAAACCUAAAUGAGCCUGAAUGUGUCCAACUAUGUUCAUAAUAAUUUCUGCAAUUAGUUACUUUAUGCGUUUCUUCAUAAAACUGGAAAUGUGGACAACUGAUAAGAAAAAAAGUUGUGUUUAAAUGUCCCCUAUAAGGGAGUAUCGAUCACUCAGAAGAAUGGAAAAUAGAUAAGGAAAUUUGCAAAUUAUUAAACAAAAUAGCUGAUCUGAGAACGUUGGCAGUCGGAAGAUAUUCCGACUGUGUAUUUUGGUCUAAAAAUUUUAUUCUCCGCCAUUCUUAAUUUAAUGUAUAAUAUAUUCCAUUUAAAUUCGGUUCUAUUCUGAAGAUAUCCUUCUAGAUUUAUCUUCCAAAGACCAAAAAAGGCGAUAGUGGAUGUUUUACAUUAUCUGCCUUUUCAGAUUCUAUUAUGUUUUCUUUUUGCAAACCUGUCUGCUAUAAAUAACAGAUAGUAGCAUUAAUAUAAUCAAUAAAAAAGAAAUGAGAGAACUGUUAUGAUAAGUCUGUAUACUGGCUGAAAUUAGGUAAAAUCAGUUGGUAAUGGGUCAUAUUCACAUGCCAUCAACUCCGUCUGUCAUUAAAAAUAACCUAUUUUCAUUUAAAAGAGUAUAAAAUUCCAUCAAUAUAUUGUACUAGACAAAUAUGCGCAUUUCAUUUUAUUCUAUUAUUUGCUAUAAACUCUGUGUGCCAUCGUUCUAUGAAGUGACUCUGAAUGCAGAAGAAUCCUACUACCUAUUUUAUGGCGGCUAUCUGCAUUACUUUUACAAAUUAUGCAUCAAAUGUUUUAUGUUCGUUAUUAUUGGUUCUAGAUAAAUGAUGUUUCAAUAUGUAUUAGAAUAUUUGUAAUUUGUUUAAAGAUUUUUUUUGGUGUGGAUCUCAUACUACAUUGGAUUUGCACUAUUUAACCUUUACCCCAAAAGAGUUAAAGACAAGGUCACGGAUUCAUUCUGAUAAUAGGAUGUAUUUUUAUUCUCUCGCAGAAAGUUAGGCACAGCCAUUCAAACAGAAGCAAUAAAACCUACAAAUCAAGUUCUGGAUGAGCAUGACAAGAGGAGGAAAAAGGUAAAGAUUUGACAGUUUUAUUAUUCUAAAUAAUGCUUUUGCUUGAUAAUCGCUGCUUUCACUAAAGGUGUAAUCCUACAGUUUAAAUUGAAGCCUUGCUCUGGUAUGCUAUCAGUAUAAAGACAGUUUUACGGCAUUGAUGCAGGUAUAACCAGCAUUACAUAUAAAAAGUACUGCAGUACAACGUAACACUAAUGCUUAAAGCAUCAAAUAUACAGUAUUUACAAAAAUGUUUAUUGAUUUGCUAAUGCUGGUCAUUCAGCUAUUUAUUACCCACUCAACUCGUUAAGGGACAUUUUUGCACAAUCUCAUUGCUAACUGUAUCUAGUUAUGGGUUGGAGUUUUGUUUUCUGAAAUUGUGAGCAUAUUUUAUUAUAACAUUUAUCUUGAAUGCCAGUCUGUCCAGGCACAGCCAAGGCAUAUCAUGCAAAUUAAUUUAUCAUCCAUAGUACUUUGUGUGCAUGUGCAUCCAGAGCAUCACAGGACAAUGAUACCUCAUCCCAGUAAGCUUUGCAAUAGGUUAUAAUGUGUGAGGGAUUGCCAUUUUCAGAGAAUUGAUAGUUAAUAUUUAAUUAAAUUAGAGGUGAGAUGGAUGUGGAAAUUCUCCCCCUCCAAAAAAAUAAAUUGAAUGUCCACCUCUAAGGCAUAAUUUGAUCCUUCUUAUUAAAUAAACAAGGUUAUUAACAAAAGUGAGAAUUGACUCUUAAAUUAGCCAAAUUGGAAGGAUAGCUAAAUUAGAGAAUUUUUCUAGUUUGACUAUUUUGGAAUUAUACUUGAAAUUCACUUUGAAUUUGUUCUGAAUUAUUACGCAAGCCCAGUCCUUCGACAAUUCUCACAUUAGUGACAUAUAUUGAAAACUAGCACUAAAACUCACAAUAUAUUGUGUGUUUAAAUUGCAAUAAAUAUUAAGAUAACUUAUUGUUAAUAAAACUUCUUGACUUUGUUCUAAACUAUUUAUCUGAUUACAUAAAUAAAUAUUCAAGGGAUCAUGUACUCCCUUGAAAUGGGACCCCUUGCUGUUUGCAAUGCCUUGUUCGCUAUUUUCUAUUUCCACCAGAGGUAACGUUAAUAGUACUUUGGUGAUUUAACAUGCCGAUAUCUGGUUCCUUACCCUUGGAUCUCUAGAGGGGAGGGAGAUGGGCACGGAUACAAGAUUUAUUUCAUUUUUACAUCAAACAGUUGAUUCUUGAAGAAGCCGCAUUAUAGACAAAGUAGAGAUCAUCGAGCUUUGAGCUGAAGCCCCAGGUGUUUCAAAAAGCUAGCAAUUCCCCUGACCUCCAUCAUGCUUCAUGUUGUUUCAUAUUGUGGAUGUUUGUUCCAGUAAUUAUUAAUAAAAACAGAAAAUAGAUGGUAUUUUUAAAUAUAUAUAGGAAUAUUUUCUUUUAUUUUAACUGACAUUGGUCAAGUUUUUAAUUGAACUAUAUGUAGUUUUGACACUGGAAAAAAUUAUAAAUGCAACACUUUUGUUUUUGCCCCCAUUUUUCAUGAGCCGAACUCAAAGAUCUAAGACUUUUUCUAUGUACACCUUUGCAAUAAUCAUACUGUCUAAUCAGCAUUUUGAUAUGCCACACCUGUGAGGUGGAUGGAUUAUCUCGGCAAAGGAGAAGUGCUCACUAACACAGAUUUAGACAGAUUUGUGAACAAUAUUUGAGAGCAAUAGGCCUUUUGUGUACAUAGAAAAAGUCUUAGAUCUUUGAGUUCAGCUCAUGAAAAAUGGGGGCAAAAAAAGUGUUGCGUUUAUAGUUUUGUUCAAUAUAUAUAUAUAUAUAUAUAUUUAAUUAUCAAGUAGAAUAAGGCAAUUAAAGUACUUAAUGGGAAACCUUGUUGGAAUGGCAAACAGUUACUCAGUUAAACAGUUACUCAGCGUUUACCCCAAUAAUCAACUCUCUUAAAAUCAGAUGGAACAAUAACAUGAGAUAAAUGCAUUUUAUAUUUUUUUCUAUGUAAAUUAAAGAAUUGUUUACAAGAUCCUGUUUUUGUUUUUUAACCUACAAGCUAGAUAAUGAAGUUGAAAAGAUGGCAAAUUCAGUCUUAAGCAACUGGAAACAACAGAUCAAGGUACGUUUCUAUCUUAUUUGUUAAGUUACUUCUAAGUAGGUAUUGCACAAUGUAGCACAACAUAGGGCUGUUCGAAAUACAAGUCAGACUUUCUUAUAAUGGAAUAAAAUGAUUGUUUAUAUACUUUACGUAUAUGUAUAUACUAUAUGGAGAGCAAAAAAACGGGUUGCAAGAGUAUUCUGAGAAAAGACAGCAACUGAAAUGUCCUUUGGUGGGUCCCCGCUCAGAACUCAAGCUGGUUUUAGCUCAUCUUGUGCCAUUACAGAGAGAACAUCUCUGAAACAUAUCAGACUGGUCCCACCCAUAAGGGCAGUCCAGAUCCGAAAUUCCAGCAAGUUCCCUCUGCACAAGAGACACAGCAACCCCAGACGAUCGUUUCAGCCUUGUUAGGCAUCAUCAGUGAGGCAUAGCUGAUAUCUCUCUAGGCACCGUGAGCAAGGGGUCCACAUCUGGAUUACCCUUUAAACUAAUGGAGAGCAAAAAAACGGGUCACAAGAGUAUUCUGAGAACACACAGCAACUGAAAUAACCUGUCCUUCGGUGGGUCCCCACUCAGAACUCAAGCUGGUUUUAGCUCAUCUUGUGCCAUUACAGAGAGAACAUCUCUGAAAGCAUAUCAGACUGGUCCCACCUAUACAGGCAGUCCAGAUCUGAAAUGCCAGCAGGUUCCCUCUGCAAGAGAGAUACAGCAACCCCAGACGAUCGUUUCAGCCUUGUGUAUAUACUGUAUGUUCGAAUUUAUGUUAAAAUAUAGGAAAAGCCUCAGCGCUAAAAAAAACAGAGUAAAAACAUUAAUCUUAUGAUUUUAUUGGGACCUACAAGGGAGGAGCUGUAUAGCUAGGGACAGCUAUAUUUUUAAAGUUGCAGUCAACUGAUUUUAUGAUGAUAUUACAGUAAAUUGCUCUAGUUACAGUUAGAGAAAUAUAAAGACAGUGAUACUGGCACAAAAACAGGUCAAAAAAUGGUUGCACUCCAUAUCUAUAUCUAUUUAAUUGGUUUCCAUGGUGAUUGCACUUUAUUACCAAAUAGCAUUGUUGGUGCAUUGAUAAAUAUGGCUCUUAGUGUCUGUCUCCAGACUGUCAAAAGAAUUAAACAAAUAUUGUUUUUUACGAACCAAAGUGAGCUUAGUACAAUCUGGAUAUAACGUCCAGACUCUACUAAUCAAAUGAGUGGAGUGCAAAAGGUAAAAAUAAAAAUAAAGUGGGAGGUUGCCACAAUGGAACACAAUUACAUUUGUAAGCGCACUAUACACAGUAAUCACCAAUCUGUGUGUUUUGUUAACUCUUCCUUAUCUCUUUUACUGUGUGUGCUGCUACCUUAUAUUAAUAUGACGGUAUUUAACAAUAGAGUUAAUUGUGGUAAAAACAUUGACACUUUAUUUGAUGAUCAAGCUAUACCCCUCCAGAAUGAAUAUGUAUCAAAUUAUGACAAAAAAAGAAGUCAAUAUGAUUUGGAAAAAUUGUUGGGGAGGGAAAUAAAAGUAAAGUGGGAGGUUGCCACAAUGGAACACACUAGAGUGUGUAGCUGCUUAUUUUUUAACAAAGUUUUUACCUUUAGCGCUCCACUCAUUUGAUUAGUAGAGUCUGGACGUUAUAUCCAGAUUGUACUAAACUCACUUUGGUUCAUUACUAUAAUUAGUGGGGACAAGAGAGUAUCCACUAGAGUGUGUAGCUGCUUAUUUUUAACUCAAUUACAUUUGUAAGCGCACUAUACACAGUAAUCACCAAUCUGUGUGUUUUGUUAAAUAUUGUUUUUUACUGAUAUUAUUCAUAUUAGUUAUUUGAAUGUUAAAUGUUUUCACAAUACUUUGUAAUAAGCAGGGUAGUUGAUAAAACUUGAGUCACUACAUAAAUGCACGUGCAGAAUGUAUUGCCCGACCUGCUCUUGUAAGACUACAUUUUAUAUAUUAAUAUAAAGUAGAUUAUAGCUGAAAGAAUAGUAUAAAUAGAAAAUUAGUGCUUGUUUUAAAAAUUACCAAAAUAAACAAGAUGAAAUAUAUCUUAAAUAAUUCAUUUCUUGUACUUUCUAGACCAAGAAAAAACUAAUGGACCAUACAAAAAAACAUGAAACACUGUUCCAUCAUGUGGAAAUGGAAAACACCAAACAAACUCUAACAGAAAAGGAGCGACAAAAGGUGAUAGAAAGGAACUUGACAUAAUAAAUGCAAUAUUGAUGUUAUUAUGUAUUUAUAUAGCAUGGGUCAUUAAGACUUGAUAUGGUACCUACUUGUUUUACUGAAGUAUUGAAACUGAUACAUCAUACCUUUUUGCAUCUGCUAAUUGUAUUUCCACAUCAAUUCCCCAUCAAUCUAAUGUCUGCCCAUAUUAACGGGUAAUUGAAAAUGUAUAUUUUAAAAAUAGGCAACACCAAGUUCCGUAGGUAGUGUUCUAGAGCUGGGGAUUUUCACCUUUGGAUCAAGGUGCUAAUAUGGGUCCCACUGGUUGUAACAGGGAUACAAUAUUUAUCGAGUCCCAGCCAACUGCCUUAAUAAGUUGUUUACAUCUUCAUUGCAUUUUCUAGUUUAGUGGAGACUAAAAGUAUUUUUUGUGCGCAGACCCUGUCACUGCCGUCUGGUAAUGUAAAAAAAAACAGUCACAUUGAAGGAAUGACAUGAUAUACAGUUUUUUAAUGCUUCUAAAAGAGAAGCAUUUGUUUCAAAUCUGCUCUGUAAGAAGAAUCUAUUGGCUGAGUGUGGUGGUUGCUUUGCUUGCGCAGUAAAUUAGAAUAAGGGGGGACCUAAUGUCCUCCCUCCUGGCCCCCACCCCUGAGCGGUGGGUGGGGGCCCUAAAUUAGAAUAAGGGGGGACCUAAUGUCCUCCCCCCUGGCCCCCACCCCUGAGCGGUGGGUGGGGGCCCUAAAUACUAAUAAGGGGGGGGAACCUAAUGUUCUCCCCCCUGGCCCCCAUCCCUGAACGGUGGGUGGGGGCCCUAAAUUAGAAUAAGGGGGGACCUAAUGUCCUCCCUCCUGGCACCCACCCCUGAGCGGUGGGUGGGGCCCUAAAUUAGAAUAAGGGGGGACCUAAUGUCCUCCCUCCUGGCCCCCACCCCUGAGCAGCGGUGGGGGCCCUAAAGUAAAAUGAUAUGGGGGGGACCUAUUGUCCUCCCCCCGGCCCCCACCUCUUAGCGGUGGGUGGGGGCCCUAAAUACUAAUAAGGGGGGGGACCUAAUGUCCUCCCUGGCCCCCAGCCCUGAACAGUGGGUGGGGGCCCUAAAUUAGAAUGGGGGGACCUAAUGUCCUCCCACCAGGCCCCCACCCCUGAGUGGUGGGUGGGGCCCUAAAUAAAAAAUUAACCUCCCCUCCCCCAGGUGACUAGGGGCCCCCAAACCCCUAGUCACCCCCCUCCCCAAAAAAACUAACCCCUACCUACUCCCCUCACCCCUCACUCAUAACUCUCUGAUUGGUGGAUUGAAAGUAACCUAUCAGAGAGUUAUGAGUCAAAUUACACAGCGUGGGAAAAUUCCAACAAACUUUUCCACACUGUGUAAAAUGACACAGAGCACUUUGAUUGGUGGAUUUCAAGCCAAUCAAUCAGAGUGCUAUGACAGGUAAAUGUAGAAACUUACCUGUCAGUCUCUUCUUUAACCUCUCAGAGCACUCUAAUUGGAUGGCUUAAACCCACCAAUCAGAGUGCUCUGAGCCUAAUUGCAGGGCGGGGCAAGUCUUUAUAAGCCAUCCCCCGCCCUGCAGAGCUCAGUCUGCGCGGAGACCUCCAUGGAUGAAGAAGGAUUUUAUUUUUUUUUAAAUGCGUCGGUUAUUAUGGAUUUUUUAUUUUGACUUUUUUGGGGCUGAAAAAAUAAGAUUUUAGAAGAACGAAAACAUCAAAUGGUAAUUUUUGUUUUUUUUACAGGUACUUAGUUAAUGGGUUAGUUUUUUGGGGGAGGGGGGUGAGGGUUUGGGGACCCCUAGUCACCUGGGGGUGGGGGGGUUAAUUUUUUAUUUAGGGCUCCCACCCGCCGCUCAGAGGUUGAGGCCAGGGGGGAAAAUAUUAGGGCCCCCCCUUAUUAGUAUUUAUAGCUUUUUACUUUAGGGCCCCAUCCGCCACUCGGGGUGGGGGCUGGGGGAGCAAUAGGUCUUUUUAUAGGUUGUUUUGUUUUUUAACAGUGAGCAGUCAAAGGCGGUAUAGCGAGUAGGGGCAAAAUUUACUAAUACUAAGUAAUUUUUACUUAGUAUUAGUAAAUUUGGCUAAAAGAACUAUUUGGGUCUUUGAGCCUUUUGGUAGAUAACUCCUGUUACAAACUGCUAUUUGUAACUGGCCCUUUAAAUGACAAAUUGCCCUGCUUCCCUGGGUUGUGGAGAAGCCUAUUUGCCAGCCUCCUUCCGCAUGACUAUGGCCCCUGGGGUAUUGUGAAAACUGAUGGACUUUUAUUGGAUGUGUAGAAACAUAGAAACAUAGAAUGUGACGGCAGAUAAGAACCAUUCGGCCCAUCUAGUCUGCCCAAUUUUCUAAAUACUUUCAUUAGUCCCUAGUCUUAUCUUAUAGUUAGGAUAGCCUUUUGCCUAUCCCACGCAUGCUUAAACUCCUUUACUGUGUUAACCUCUACCACUUCAGCUGGAAGGCUAUUCCAUGCAUCCACUACCCUCUCAGUAAAGUAAUACUUCCUGAUAUUAUUUUUAAACCUUUGUCCCUCUAAUUUAAGACUAUGUCCUCUUGUUGUGGUAGUUUUUCUUCUUUUAAAUAUAGUCUCCUCCUUACUGUGUUGAUUCCCUUUAUAUAUUUAAAUGUUUCUAUCAUAUCCCCCCUGUCUCGUCUUUCCUCCAAGCCAUACAUGUUAAGAUCCUUUAACCUUUCCUGGUAAGUUUUAUCCCGCAAUCCAUGAACCAGUUUAGUAGCCCUUCUCUGAACCCUCUCUAAGGUAUCAAUAUCCUUCUGAAGAUACGGUCUCCAGUAUUGUGUACAAUACUCCAAGUGAGGUCUCACCAGUGUUUUGUACAAUGGCAUGAGCACUUCCCUCUUUCUACUGCUAAUACCUCUCCCUAUAGAACCAAGCAUUCUGCUAGCAUUUCCUGCUGCUCUAUUACAUUGUCUGCCUACCUUUAAGUCAUCAGACAUAAUCACCCCUAAAUCCCUUUCCUCAUAUGUUGAGGUUAGGACUCUAUCAAAUAUUCUGUACUCUGCCCUUGGGUUUUUGUAUGGCCCUUUAAGACAGUCGUGGGCAUAUUGGGGCUGAAGGACUCUUUAUGGGACUUGUGCUGGCCCUUUAAGCACCUUUUUGGGGCAUAGGGAAAAUUGGGCACUGCUCCUUUAAGACGGAGUCCCCAGACUUGUUUGGGACACUGCCCCUUUAAGACGGUGUCCUCAGUGUCCCCAGACCUGGUUAAAACCCUUUGUUCCUGACUAUUUCUCACUUGGUUCAGUAAAUGGGGCUUACUGAACCAAGUACCACACAGGCGGACCACCUGUAUUGGGAGUGUGUUGGCAAUUUACCUCCCAGAAGCUGCGGUUAACCGCAGCUUAAUUGGCGAACGCUGGGUGGCCUUUGUUCGUUUGCCGAACACAUGGCCACGGCCAUCUUUGAUCAUUCGCACGAGGUCAGCGGUAUAUGUAGCCAAAUUCAUGGAACUAAAAUCGGCUACACAUUUCCGCGCACACCGCUGAGCCCUACCGUCUCCCAUACUGAACUUUCAGCCGCAGAGACUAAGUCGCAUUCGGCGAUGGGACUUAUUCGUUUUUUCAGCUCAAAAUAGACCGACCGCACAGCCCAAAUCUAUGGAACUGUUUUAUUAUUAUUAUUAUUAUUAUUGCAAUUUAUAAAGCGCACACAGAUUCCGCAGCGCUGUACAAUUAGUUGAGAAACGUACAAUAUACGCAAACAAAUACAAGAGGUAAGAGAGCCCUGCCCGUAAGCUGAUAUCUUUUAUACAAAGUGCUUAGCUAGAUGGCCCUUGAGCUUACAAUCUAAAGGAUACCAGGGGGAUUUGAGACAAAAGGUAGCAGGGGAAGUUUGGAGGUGAUAGCUGAAAGAGUUAACAGAGAAGCAGCUAUUAGUAAGAUGUUAGGGGAAUGAACAGGUAAUUGAGUGAGAAUCCCGAACAGCUGGAGGAGCAUGCUUUAUAUAUAUAUAUAUAUAUAUAUAUAUAUAUUUAAGAGGAGCCUGGGUGGGUGGGAAGUGGGGAGGAAAAAAAAUGCAGUCUUCACUGAGUUGAUUGUGAAGUGAGGCCUGAGGAAUAGAGAUAGAACAAUUAAUGAAGGUAUUUACGACAGGGGAGGGGCAGAGUAGGCAUGUGUUAUAGACUAUUGAAAAGUUUAGCAAUCAAAUUCUAUCACCCAAAAUAUUAAUAACUGUCUACAUGAAAUAUUGGUCACAACCAUUAAAUGACAGUGCUACAUACUGCAUGCACAUAACAUUACAGUGGCAAACUACAGGUAUCAAUUGUAACAACUCUAUAGUAACACAUGAGAAUUUUGUAGCAAUCCAGUAAUACGGGAGGUGGAGUAUCUUCCAAGCUUCAGUCAGUACCUGAGAGUGAUGGGUGUUUCUGCAGGAUGGUAAAUGCAGUCUUCAAAGAGUUGAUUGUGAAGUGAGGCCUGAGAGUGAUGGGUGUUUCUGCAGGAUGGUAAAUGCAGUCUUCACUGAGUUGAUUGUGAAGUGAGGCCUGAGAGUGAUGGGUGUUUCUGCAGGAUGGUAAAUGCAGUCUUCACUGAGUUGAUUGUGAAGUCAUAUAGGGACCUCCAGCUAACUUUUUAACCCCUGGAUGGAUUUGGCUGAUUUUUGGUUAUGUUUAUAUUUGAAGGUUGAUGAUUAAUAAUAUGUCUUUUAUGAAGAUUGGAUGUAUGGUUUUAAAGUUACAGUGUAUGUGUAAAAACUGUAUUUUUUCUGCCUGUGUUAAUUAUGUUAAACCAUUGUGUACCAUAAUUAUAUCACAGGCAGAGGGGAGGAUUUUUGUAUGUAAUUGCUGAGAGUGUUUCUGUAAUGUACGUGUAUGAUUGGUUGUUUUGUAAAACCCUGUGGGUGGUCCUAUCUAAGGGAAACCUGCAUAAAAGAAGGUUCUUUGUGUGCCAAUAAACAGAAUGACUUGACCCUCUAACUUGCAGCCUUGACUCAUGUUUGUAGGGGACAGCUAUAAUCACUACAGGGAUUGCUAUGCUCUUCAUACUCCCUUAGCUACUGAGCUAUUGUAAGAGCUCUUGUUCCUGAUCCUGCUUCGCUCUACAGAAGGAAGAGGUUCACCUAUUGGAGCCUGGUCAUAGGUCCAAGGUGGAUAGCAGAUGGUGAGAUCCUAGCCCAGCAGCGGCGGUUCAUUGAGUCUGCAGUGCUUAUGGUGUAUACGCAGUAGUUAUGGUGUCUAUGGUGCUGAUGGUCCUUUGGUGAGCGCUAGGAGCAUCCUUUCUAUGAUCCAACUUCCAGCCAGCCUGGAGGCAACCGUAACAACUCCCUAAUACCGUGGGAAUUAGGGAGUUAUCUACUAAGCGGCUGCAAAAGAAGUCCCGACGUGCCGAAGUUCCUAAAUUCCGAAAUGCCGAAGUUUUUUUUCCAAAGCCUAGAUAUCAGUAGAUUCGCUGAUAUCAAAGUGUGGUAUAUAAUGACUCUAAUAUGUUUUGGGAUGCUCCCUGGUAACAUAAACAGGAUACACUCCUGUGGGUUAUCCAACCUUGGGUUAGGCAAUAAUUUUUGAAGCAGUUGGGCCACCUCUUCCCAAAAUGGGCUUAUUUUAUCACAAGACCACCAGAUGUGGAGCAUCGUGCCUACCUCUGUCCCACACCUUCAGCACAGGCUGCUGGUUUGAGGCCAUAUUUUGUGUAGUUUCGCUGGUACCAAGUACCAUCGGUACAUAAUUUUGCGCUGUAAUUCUAGGUCGUUGGCACAUGCGGUGAGCCCUCGAUGGGCCGAGUAUGCCCUGUGCCAAUCUCUUUUGAUCUGCUCUAGUGUGUGUGUUUGAGUUGAGACUAGCUUCUGGUACCCCCAGGACAUUGUCUUCUUGAGUGGCGCAGUUCCUACACAUUGCUGUUCAAAAGUCAUCAUGGUUCUUUUGUCAUCUUGUCCUAGUUGGUCUUUUAAUUUAUCUGACACAUACGAUUUGAGUUGUAGGUAGGAGAAUGUGGUUUUAGUGGUAAGGCAUACUCUGCUUGAAUGGCUGGGAGCGUUUUCAGUCUACCUCUCUCAAUGACUUGGUAUAUGUGGUGUAUUCCCUUCUCCUCCAGGUGUCCCAGGUGAAUGUAGGAAUCUCUAUGCCUAUUGUUUGUAUUGGCGUGGCCAUAGGUAGCUGGGGAUUGGACACCAACUUGUUCCUCGUUGUGCCCCACACUCUUAACAGGUUCUGUGUGACAGGUAGUAGGGCCUUCCAUAUGUGUCUUGGACACUUCUGUAGCCAUGAAAUUCGUAUCUUUUAAUACCUUUUUUGUUGGACUAACCUAAUUUUGGAAUGACAAGCUUUCAGGAGAACCAUCCUUUCUAAGUCUAAAAGCCUGUCAUUCCAAAAUUCUGUUAGUAUAAUAAAAAAGGUUUUCCAAGAUACGAAUUUCAUCUGUUAUUUUUACAUCUGCAUCACUGAACUAAUACGGCUACCAUCUCUACUCUAACUAUGUAACUAUAUACUGGUCUUAUAAAUGAAUGGUAUGUAUAAAAAAUAAAAAAUCAGUAGUGCAGGUCUUUUCAAGAAGUUCUAUUACGGUUUUGACAUAUCACAUGCUGGGAGAAAGAUAAUAUGAAUUGGAAAGCAUGUUUGGAUGAACGGCAGAUCUAUCCUUGCUUACACAUACACUGUUUAAAGUUUACAUAGUUGCAUUGUUCACAGUACUGUUAAACAAGGUGUUGUCAGAUUAAAUAAGCAAACAGAACAUUUACAUAUUUGUUUACCCACUGAAUAUAUAUCUGGCUCCUUCCAACUGGCUUUGGUGUGUUUGUCUGUGUAUACGUGUGUGUGGAAAGGGGGUGGGUGGUGGGAAUAACUUUAAAAAGUUUUAUCCUGAAGUUGAAGAGUAAUCAAAUGAAAAUAAUUCCUGUUUUAACAAUAUUAAACAAAAGUAAAAUUUAUAUUCAACCACUUUGUUCAGUAUUUUAGAAUCAGAUAAAUUACAAGCUGUGUGAGUAACACAGCACUUCUGACAGAGGAGUGUGUAAAUUAUGAAUGCUAAUAGGAAGAAUCUACUCUGUUAAGAUUUUAGAGAAGGAUAGGCAAUCUUUUGGCAGUAAUCCUUAGGGUGCAUAUUGUAGUCUUUAAAGUAACAUUUAUGUAAGUUGAAGAAUUCAGCUUGUGUUAUGUAUGUAUUCAGCGGAUGCCUUGUGAGGUUGUAUAUGUGUGUGGGCUAUAUGCUUUGUUAUUUGAGUAUAUAUACAGGCUGUCUGUAGUGUAUGUAUUGUUGUUUGUGGUAUUGUGUGUGUGGAUGAGGUUGGCUUGCAGGGUUUUGAAUGUGAAAUUGGGCUGCUUGUGGCAUUGUGUGCAUGUGUGUGUAGCAGGACAUUGCUAGUUUGUAUUGCUUGUGGUAUUGUGUGUGUGGUCUACGUGUUGUGUUAUGAAUGUAUGUCUGUGGUACUAUGAGUGUGUGUGUGAACUGUUUGUGUUUGUGUGAGUUUAUGCGGACUGCCUUAUGUGUGAAGUAUGUGUCUGAUAAAUAUGUGUAUGUGAGUUGGUUGUUGAAUUUGUGUGUAGUGGGGACUGUCUGUGUUGUUGCAUGUGUAUGUGGAUUGUUUGUGGUAUUUGGAUUUGUGGAUUGUUUGUGGUAUUUUGUGUUUGUAUGUGGGCUGCCUGUUGCAUUAUGUGUGUGUGGACUGUCUGAGGUUUAAUGUAUGUGUGUGCUGUCUAUGAUAUUAAGUGUAUGCAUGCAGGUUGGUUGAAAUAUUUUGGUAUUUGCAUGGAAUAGCCUGCCAGCUGAAGUGGUAGAGGUUAACACAGUGAAGGUGUUUAAGCAUGCGUGGGAUAAGCAUAAGGUUAUCCUAACUAUAAGAUAAGGCCAGGGACUAAUGAGAGUAUUUAGAAAAUUGGGCAGACUAGAUGGGCCGAAUGGUUCUUAUCUGCCGUCACAUUCUAUGUUUCUAGUGUUUCCCAAAUCAUUCCUCUAGUCUCAUCAAUGUGUUGGUUUGGAAACCACUGUGUUUGAAAUCAAAACAACUGCAGAUGGAGUCAUAUCAAACUUAAAUAAUGGUUUCUGGCCUCUUGAAGGCAUCAUCAGAGAGGUGUAACCAGUAUUACCUAGGUGUGGUGAGCAAAAGAAUCUGGAUUUACCUUCAGACAUAGGUGUAUCAUCUAGGAGAGUAUUUCUUACACACAUACAUUUACAGUUGUAAUCAAAAUUAUUUUACCCCCACUAAAAAUCAGGUUUAUUAUCAAAUUUACAGACUUUCAGUUGUUUGUAAUGAACAGAUCAAACAAAAGCAAUUGAUAUAGCUCAACACAAUGAAUGCUUAAAGUGGUUUCCCCAAAUUCAACUCAAAAUGCAACUUAUAAUGAUUUCUCCAGUCUCAAAUUUUUUCAACCUCCUGAAAAGAAUCUCUCACAACCACACAAAAAUUUAAAACAUGUGUUUUCUCAAGCACACCUGAUGCAACUAUUCUAGGGCUUCAUUAGUUUCACCAGGUGUGCUUGAGCUGGAACACUUUAAAUAUCUGAACUGUCUAGGGGUUUGUUGAGUGUCACGUUUUACUGCAUGUUAGCAAUAUGGCUAAGUCAAAAGAGUGGUUCACAAAGUUAUGAGAAGAUAUCAUUACCCUUCAGAAACAAGGAACAGAAUACAAAAUGAUAGCGGAGGCACUAAAUGUUCCUAGCGACACCAUUAGAAGCAUAGUUAACAAGUUCAGAGUUGAAAGAACAGUGUUUACACUGUGUGGAUGGGGUAGAAAAAGGAAACUAUCAAUGGCUGCAACCAGAUUCCUGAGAAGGCAGGUUGUGAAAAACCCUUGAGUGACUGCAAAAGACCUGCAGCAAGACUUGGUGGCAACAGACACUGAGGUUUCAGUGAGCACCAUAAGGUGCAUACUAAACGCAGAAGGUUUCAAUGCCAGAACUUGAAGACGUACAACACUAAUGAUCCCAAAGCAUAAAAAAAGUCUGCUACAUUAUGCUCCAAAUCAUAUAAAUAAGCUACAGAAGUUUGGGAUUCUGUUCUGUGGAGCGAUGAAACAAAACUGGAACUUUUCGGCUCUAAGGAUUAGCAGUAUGUCUGAUGGAAGAAUGAAGCAUACGCUGAAAAGAAUACUCUGUCUACAGUUAAGUGGUGGCUUGGUGAUGCUUUUGGGCUGCUUUGCAUCCUCUGGCACUAGAAACCUGAAGUGUAUGGGUGGAUUAAUUGAUUAAUUAAAGUAUCAUGAAAUCCUGGGAGAAAAUGUCAUGCCAUUUGUGAGGAUGCUGAAUAUUGGGUGUCAUUGGAUCUUCCAACAAGACAAUGAAUGAUCCCAAGCAGAGGCGUAACUAGGGACCGCUGGGCGUCUGUGCAAAAAUUAAAGUAGGGCACCCUUGUCACUCCACCUUGUAGAUAUUCUCGCUCCUCCUCACUCCCCACUAAGCAAUACACAUGGUUGAGAUGUGUGUGGUUUCUUUGUGUGAUUGUGUUGCUGACUGAGUGCUGCAUGUAUACGUGUAGUUGGAUGAGUGUGAUUGUGUGGGUGUGUGAGGGCUGGCUGAGUGUGAUUGUCUUUGUGGCUGUUUGAGAGGGAAACAAAGAAACAAAGAGGGAGAUAGAGAGUGCCAGAGGAGACAGAGAGGGAGAAGAGAGGCACACAGAGAGAAGGAAAACCAGAGACGACAAAAACGAGACCAAGCUAGACAUGGAAAGAAAUAGAGAGACACAGAGAGUGACACAAGGAAAAGAGAGCCAUAGAAACAUAGAAACAUAGAAACAGAAUGUGACGGCAGAUAAGAACCAUUCGGCCCAUCUAGUCUGCCCAAUUUUCUAAAUACUUUCAUUAGUCCCUGGCCUUAUCUUAUAGUUAGGAUAGCCUUAUGCCUAUCCCACGCAUGCUUAAACUCCUUUACUGUGUUAACCUCUACCACUUCAGCUGGAAGGCUAUUCCAUGGAUCCACUACCCUCUCAGUAAAGUAAUACUUCCUGAUAUUAUUUUUAAACCUUUGUCCCUCUAUACAGCUAAAAAAGAGAGAGACAGAGUGACACAAGGAAAGGAGAGCCAGAGACCUCUAGAAAGCUAGAGAGAGGCAGUUAUAAAGCUAGAGAGAUACAGCUAGAAAGCUAGAUAGAGACAGAGUGACACAAGGAAAGGAGAGCCAGAGAGAGACAGAAAGGAAGUGAGACACACAGAAGGAAGUAGAGCCAGGAAGAGACAGCCUCAGAUGUGUGCAGGGAGAGGUGAGGUAGAAUAUUUCACUCACCUUGAUCCUGUGUGCCACUGCUGCAGGCUGGAGCAGGGCUUUCUGGGGGCCUUAGCUCUGCUGGGCUUGCUCUGAGCUGUGCAGUCAUCCUGGGCACUGAGGGAGGGGCCCUGCAGGCUGGGUAGGUGGCAGCUCUGCCAGAACUCUGCCCAAGAAGAGGUGAGGGGAAGGCAUUGAGUUCCGGCAUGUGUGCUAGCUGUGCCUCUGCGGCACACAAAUAAUGAAUAUAGCUGGAUAAUCCAUCUGCACCCCACUCUGCCCCCUACUGAGGUGGGAUAAUUGCUAUUUAGUAUAUUGCCGAAUUGGCAAUAUACUAAAUAGCAGUUUUGCAAGGGGAGAUAGUCCUGUCAGCAGGGAUCCACAGAGCGGCAGGGCCCCAUUGAGUGAUGGGCUAGUCGCAGCUGCGACCCCUGCGACCAUGGUAGUUCCGCCAAUGAUCCCAAGCAUAGCUUAAAUUCCACCCAGGCUUGGUUGCAGAAGAAGUCCUGGAAAAUUGUACAGUGACCAUCACAGUCACCUGACUUGAAGCCCUUCUCUGGUAGGAUUUAGAAGAGGUGGUGGCAGCACACAAAACCAAGAUAUUACUGAAUUGGAUGCCAUUGCUCAUGAACACUCCCAGAAUCUGGUGUCUGACUAUGCAUCUCGUUUGCAGCAGGUCAAAACAGCAGAAUGGUGCCCUACUAAGUACUAAAGACGCUUGCCAUGAAGGGGUUGAAUAACUUUGAGACUGGAGAAGUCAACAUAAGUUGCAUAUUCAGUUGAAUUUGGGGUACCAAUUGAAGCAUUUGUUGUGUUGAGCUAUUUCAAUUUCUUUUGUUUGAUUUAUUCAUAGCAAACAUCUGAAAGUUUGUACAUUUUGACAAUAAACUUGAUUUUCAGUGGGGGUUGAAUACUUUUGAUUACAACUGUAAAUAUAUAUUUUUUAAAGCAAUAGCAUUACAGUAACCGUUUCUUAUUCAUUUGGAGUAGGAUGGGACAACAAAAGUGGAGGCAAGAUUACUCGAUUAGAAAACUCUAAAGAAACAUUUUUUAUUUAUUUUUUAAAUACAACAUUCCUUAGUCUGAAAGGUUAGUACAUAUGUAAUUUUAGUGAUUUAAAUUAUGUAUUUGAUUUACAGCUUUUCAGUAAACUGAAAAAAUCUACAGAAAUAUUGACGAAAACUGAUGAAGAUUAUUACCAAGAAAAUAUAGCCGGCCAAGCAGUAAGAAUGAAAUGGGAGAAUGUACUGGAAAACUGUUAUAUGGCAAGUACUAAUAAAAUGCUAUUGCUUUUAUGCAACAAUUAUUGAUAAACAAAACCGAUUUAUCGUGUUCUAUAGGUGGAAUAAUCAUCUUGAGUAAUUAACAAAUAAGAAAUGAACACAUUGAUUUGUGUGUUUGUUUAUUCUUUAGUUUUUAGAAUGCUCUAUGUUAUUUUCUAAGGUUGUUUAAAACUAUACUGCAUGGUGCUUCACAAAUUAAUUAUUUUGUAACAUUAAAAUCAAUACAGAAUUCUGAAAAUUGGACUUCAACCUUUGGCCUUAAUAUCUUAAUUAUUAUUGUUAAUCAGUGGUGUGAAUUCAGAGUAAAUUUCUAAUUUUAGGUCAAAAUAGUGGAACUAAUAACAUUCUUAAAAUCAGCAAUGAUUAUAACUUGGCUAAUUUGGACUAAUAUGUUAAAUUUACUUUGAAUGCCCAACAAGUCACACGUAUUAUAUUUACAGUAUAUUAUUUAAGUAUACACUGAUCUGCCACAACAUUAAAAAGCCACCUACCAAAGAUAAUGUAGGUCCUCCUCAGGCUGACAAAAAGCUCUGAUGUGUCGAUGCAUGAACUCCACAAGACCACUGAUUGUGUCCUGUGGUAUCUGUCACCAAGACAUUAGCAGUAGAUCCUUUAAGUCCUGAAAGUUGUGAGGUGGGGCCUGUAUGGAUCAAAUUUGUUGUUUCAGCACAUCCACAGAUGCUCAAUAAGAUUAAGGUCUGAGGAAUUUGGAAGCCAAAGCAACACCUUGAACUCUUUGUCGUUUUCUUCAAACCAUUCUAGAACAAUUUUUGUAGUGUGGCAUGGUGCAUUAUACUGCUGAAAGAGGCCACUGUAAUCAGGGAACACUAUUGUCAUGAAGAGCAUAACACUGCCUCUGCGGGCCUGCCUUCUUCCCAUAGUGCAUGCUGCUACCAUCUCUUCCCCAGGUUAAUGCACCAUGCCAUCCACUUGAUCUAAAAAAAAAACAUUCACCAAACCAAGCAACCUUCUUCCAUUGUUCCAUUGUCCAGUUCUUAUGCUUAUGUCUCCAUUAAAGAUACUUUCAGUGCUGGACAGGGGACUUCAUGGGGAUUCUGACCAGUCUGUUGAUUGCUACGAAGCCCCAUACUCAGCAAACUGUGAUGCACUGUGUGUUCUGACAUCCUUCCAUCAUGGUCAGCAUUAAGUUUCUCAGCAAUUUGAAACACAGUUGAUCUUCUGUGUGAUUAGACCAGAUGGACUAGCCUUUGCUCCCUACAUAUUUCAAGGAGCCUUGGGCGCCCAGGACCUGGUUCACCAGUUGUCCUUCCUUGCACCACAUUUGGUAGGUAUUAACCACUACAUACUGGGUGCACCCCACAAAGCAGUUUUGGAGAUUCUCAAACGUAGUCAUCUAGUCAUCACUUUUUGGCCCUUGUCAAAGUCACUAAGAUCUUCUUGCUUGCUCAUUUUCCCUGCUUUCAACACAUGAAAUUCAAGAACUGACUGUUCACCCAAUAUACCCAAGCCCUUGACAGGUGCCAUUGUAGUGAAAUAAUCAAUGUUUUUGUUGUUCUUGUGGCUGACUAGUGUGUUACUCUGAGAAUGUGUGUGUGUGUGUUGUUUUUUUCUUGAAUAACCUAUAUCUCCAUAUUAAAAUGGUGGUGACAAGAGUAGUGGUAAAAUUUUAGAAUUGCAGUCUUAUGUGUUUUACAGCAGGCCGAUCAAGGAUUAUUUUUUUGUGAUUAUUAUAUGUGCUGUUAAAUUUCAGAGUAUUCAAGAGCUUGAAAAAGAAAGAAUUCAAUUACUGUCUCACAUCCUUACACGGUACAACCAACAUGUUUUGAAUUUUGGACAAUCAUUGAACACUGUAAGUGAUGUUUUAUAUCACAAAUUUAUUAAUGAAGAAUUGUCACUCCUUCCAUAUGAUUGCAUGUAUCCUGUUUAGGUAAACUGAUAAGUAGUAUGAUUGGUGUGCCUCCACUAACAGAACAAGGCAGUGAGUGCAGCCAUUCUGAUUUAAUUUUUUUCGGUUUCCCACAAUUCCUCUCUUUGUAAGAAAUUUUAUAAAACAGCACAAGAGAUUUUUUUUUAUUCUACGAAUUCAUCAAACUUCUAUGAAUUUAUCAAACUGCAUUUUAAUGUGAAGGAAUUCAUUUUUUUGUCUAACAGCUUAUGCAUACGUUAUAACAGUUGUCAUAACAGCUUAUGCAUCUAUUAACAGAGUCAGAACCAAAUUGACCAAGCUAUUAAAAGUAUCGAUGUCGAAAAGGACAUACAGAAUUUCCUGGACGAUACUGCUGUUUAUUCUGAAAAUAGCAAAUCCGAAUUUCUUCUCCUGGAUUAUUAUGUAAGAUUUUUUUUUCGGCUCUCUGUUUACAAUUUAGAUAAUUCCAUAAUUAAUUCUAUUUGUAUUUGUUUCUUAUCGCUUUUAUUGCUAUUAUUAUUAUUAUUAUUAAUAAAUACCUGUAUAAUUCUGCUGCUUUCUUUGUUCAAAUAGGAAGAAGAUCAUUCUAUUGCAAUGGAUAAGGAAAGAAGAAUAAAUUCUAUUAAUUCGAAGAUAGAAAGGCUUGAACAGGACAUAGAAAAGGCUCGGAAAGAUAGAGAAGGUAUAUUUUAUUAUUAAAUGUUUUUACUCAGUUAUAUGUAGAACAACAAAUAUAUUUUAAUUUAGUAGAGGAAUAAUCCUUACUAUAAAGCUGUAUCUGUUAAUUCAAUGUUGCUUUUUACCAACAUCCAUUAACAUGAUCAUUGCAAUAGAGGUAUUUUAUAUUACGUGCUGAAAUUUUAAAUAUAUUACAAUUGGCAUCACUGUACAUAGGGAUACAUAGUAGUACAGAGCUAAAUUAGAUUUGUGUUUUUAAAUAUCACUUAGGACUGGAAAAAAUGCUGAAAGCCUAUGCAGAAAAUCCAGCAUUUACAGACAUCAAAAGUGAAGAGGAAACAGCAGUACUCCUUGAAGAGGUAUUUUUUAAUCAAAGUAUAUAAACUGCAGAACUGUAAAUACUUUAUUUACUAAACAGUGAGCUUUAUUGAGUUGACAAAUGUGUUAAAAUACAGGCCUAACGAGUUGUUGGAUAAAUAUCUUCAUCCUCUUAAUAGGAUUAUUUUUCAUCUGGUAUAUUUAGUCUGAAAGUCACUUGUCAACUCAUAACAAAACAUACUCUGUAGUGAAUGGACCUAAAUAUCUUGCCGGCAUUGUAAAUGCUUUGUACUGUAUAUAAAUAUGGGAUGGAUUUUAUUUAAACAAAAUUAUGGCUGCCUAUGGACCUGUGAUAGUAUCUGAAUAUAGUUUAGACCUAUUUAGUCAGUUUUUCAUGGUAAAGAAACUCUAUAGUGUCAGGAAUACACAUUUGUAUAUAUAGAUUAUAUGCUAUAGAUUUAAAACCACCAUUUAGGUAGCCGACCCCCUAAGGGUUCAAACUUACCUUGAUUCCAGCGUCACGUGGGUCUGUUCCACUUCCUUGGCUGACAUCAUCAAAAUUGAUGAUCUCAACCAAUCCCAUGCUUCACCAUAGGAAAAAAUUGGGAGGCUAUUACGCAUCAAUCAAUCAAUCAAUGCAUCUCUAUGAGGAAUGUGUAGAGCGUGGAGACGCUGAACGUCAGUACUGGGCACUGUGCGGCACUGACCAUAGAAGCACCUUAAGUUGCUGACUGACUGCCACUGGAGGUGUUCCUAGGCAGUAAUGUAAACACUGCUUUUUCUCUGAAAUCCUGCAGGAACAAACUAUAAACACCAGAACAACUGCAUUUAGUUGGAGCAACGCGGCCUCUGAUGUAUAGAUCAGAAGAUAUACCAUGUCUUCUGGAAUCUACUGCACCAGUGGACAACCUUUUGCCUAUUUAAAUAUACAUAUAUUUUUUUAACUUGAACGUUCUACCUUGAUAAUAGCUCGGCCAGACUGGUCAUUUCAAAGACAAGACAUGUUUUGAUUUCCUUCCAUGUGGUUUGUUUGAGUUGAUAACAAUAAACCUUAUGCAUGAUUUCACAUUGUUUUUAAAAGACAGGCUUAAAAAUAAACCUCUUGGAAGCAAAUCAUUUCAAGCUCACCUCAGCCGUAGCUUCUCUCCAAGAGCAACCUCUACCAACGCACCCGUGUAGUGAGCGAAUCAAUACGUGGAAAGAGAAGGUACGUUUUACACCCGUGAUAACUAUUACAUGUGUUUCUUGUUUAAUUAGAACUAUGUACACAGAACUUAUGGUAAAUAGACAAAGGACACACAUUUUAAGCCAAAAUAAAUGAGUUGGGAAUAUAGCUCAAUUGGCAAUAUUUUUCACAAAUUUGUACAAAUUUAUGCCACUCAUAUUAAAAUAACAUUGCAAUCACCACAACUGCAUUGUAGUGGUUAUGUGCCAAGCGUGCAAUUCCACUGUCCCAUGGUAAAAUAUUUUAUUAUGGUUUGAUAACUUACCUGAGUCCAGAACAAUGCCACAUAAGGCCUUCUCCAGAUGCUCAUGGCAGAGCAGGACCACUAUCAUUGGCUGACAUUGUUAUUAGAGUGCUCUCAGCCAAUGAGCAUGGUCCUGUACAGGCUCACCAUGGAUUUAAGUUGUAAAACUGCUAAAUCUUUUUGACAUUUUACUGUGGGAUGGAGCAGGACACUCUUGGCACCAUAACCACCAUAGCAAGCUGCAGAGGUCAUGUUGCUUGAAUUAUUCCUUUUGUACAUAAAUAAGCAUCUGUUAUAAGAAACAUAAUUAAUGUCAUAGAAAUUCCAUCAUGACAUUUUAGCCAAAAAAUUUAAUUAUCUUAUUUGAUACUUUACAAUGCCUCAUUUCGUGCAUAAACACAACAUUGUUUGUGCAAUAUAAAUAUAACUUAAAAGGACUCUAAACACCAUAAAUAAUACAGAUUAUUAUAUUGGUUAUGCCAAAAGGAGCUGAGUGCUGUCUAUCUGGGUUUUGCUACUUAUCUAAUGGUUUGACAAAAAUAGUGGCAUCCAAAGUCCGGUCUCUCUACUACUGGCCAGAUAAUGUGAAAGUUUCAUAUAUACAUUAUUUAUAUAAACUCAUCCAAAUUUACAUUUCAAUGGGUGUGUGCAAGCACUGGGCUAAGAACUCACAUCCUGUCACCACUGUGUAAACUAAAUUAAUUUGUAUGGGAAAAAAAAAAGAAGAUAAACUUCUACAACACCUUAUCAGAAUCAGUGGGAGUGAUCCUUGCAUGCUGGAGAUCCACAUUUUCUGUCAAAUUUCCUAAAAUGGUUUGAGAGCAACCUGAGGGGCUAAACCCAAAGGCUCCUUGCACCAUAAUCACUAUUUGUAUUAUGUUGUAUUAACAAAAACUCUUUGUCUUGUUCUUUCUUUUUUUUUCAGGGCUGCCAGCUAUCUUCAGUUCAGAUAUCUCGAUCUAUCAAUACUCGAAAGCUAAGUCGUUCUCAAAGUUUGAGGAUAUCUAGCCGGCGGAGUGCUAGGUUUAGCAGCCUGAUAUCACAUGAUACAAAUGAUAGUGCUGUAGAGAAUUCAGCUGGACUUCCUGAUAAACCUCCGAGAGGACUAACAAAAAAGUUUUCCAAAAAACAUCAUUCCAUUGAUGUGGAAGAGUGGGAUGAUGAUCAAUCUGGUAAUUGAUAUGUAAUAGCAAUGCCUUAUUUAUGGUUAUUUCUAAUGAUAAGAUCAUGUAUGUGUAAUAUGUUCAUCUGUAUGGCUGAUGUAAAAUAACACGGGAAAUUCGUAUCUUGAAAUUCCUUUUUGCUGUUGGACUAACAGAAUUUAGUAAUAACUAGCUUUCGGGAGAACCUCCUCUUAACAAGUCUAAAGCAAUAGGGUGAUUUUAAAAGAAAUGUUAAAUUUUUUAAAUUUAAAUUAAAAAAAAAGUGGAUCCAUCUCUUUGUCUGUCCAGGCAAUAUUAGACACUAUAAGACAGACUCUCGUCACUCUAAAAUUUAUAGGAAGGAGAAGACAGUCUCACACUACUGAAUUAUUAGGCAGGCAGGAGACCGUUAGUGGGUUGUUUGCCGGUUAGCAAGACCUACUAAGAGUUGUGCCAUGGCAGGUAGGGUACAGUUUUUGUCUUCUCAGCAGCCAUCACUCUCAAUGCUUUGUCUUAGAUAGUCCAAUCCUCCACAUGCCCCCUAAUAGCCGUGGAUAUGAUGCCAUAUAUGAGAAAAUAGAAAAACAAAGAAUACCCCUCUAGAUAGGGGGGGUUAUAGUGUGUCCUGAGAAUCUCUUGCCAGGGGGUAACCCUAAAUUCAACACACAAAAAACAGGAUGUGGACCAAGGACAAGGAAAUCUGAGUUGCACGUUAAAGAGUCCUCAGAGUUAUACAAGGAUUAAAAACACUUUUAUUAAUAAACCUAAAGAUACAAAGAAAAAAUAAAUAAAUAAUAAAAAAAACUCUUUAACGUGCACCUCGGACUUCCUUGUCCUUGGUCCACAUCCUGUUUCUUUCAUACAUAUAUGAGGAAGUAUAAACUGUAGGCUUCUUCCUGUUUAGGGAAAAAAUUCCACUCUUUGAAAUAAAUUGGACGAGAUGCAGGAAAUAUUGCAGGAGCUCUAGCUAUAUAGAUGUGGAGGGGGAAGUCUAAAGCAGUGGGAGGCAGAUAUAGUAAUACAGCUGGUUGAUGAAAGCUGUUUAGCUGUAGAGGGGUGCAUAGCUGUAAGGUGGGUUUAUGGUUGUAGGAAUGGUUUAUGGCUAAGGGUGCUCUAAAUGACUGAGAUACUUUUAUGACUGUAAAUGAGUAUAUAACUAUUUGGGAGAGGAUAUUUUAAGAAGACUGUGAAGUUGGGAGAAUAUGUAUUUUGCUCAUGAGGGGGGAAUUAUGCAGAUAUUUUCUGUACUUGUUUAUACUGCCUAAUAAAAUACAAUGUUAGUUAGUAUGUUCUAAUAUUAUAUGUAACAUGAAUUUGCCAUAGACUGAAAUUGUUUGAAAUUGAGAUGUUUGAUAGGAUCCAGGGCAACUGUUACCUAUAAACUAAUCCAAGGUAUUACAUGAAGUCUAGAGUUUCAAAUAAAAAAAUUACCAGUAAGUUAUUAUAGAGCAUGCAGUACAUAGAUAGUUCAUAAAUGCAUUUUCAUAACCAAUUAAUUUUCAAGGCUUUUGAAAAUGAAUUUAUUAGAAAUAUUCUAAUAUUCUUUGAAUAUGGUCAGUUAUUGUAUAUGUUACAGAGGACACAAUGUUAAUUUGAAGAAUUGAAGGGAAAUGGUUUUGUAAGGGAAAUAUAUGUAAUAGAUGGUUUGGCAAGGUAUAUUGUGUAAUAUUACAUAUUCAAGAAAUGUUUUAGUAAGGAAUGAUGUUUAACCCCUUAAGACCGGAGGGCGUACUAUUACGUCCUAUUUUAGGCGGCUCUAAACGCCGCCGGGCGUAAUAGUACGCCCUCCGGUCUUUCUAUACUUACCCAGUAAAAAAUAAUUAAAAAAUAUAUAGAUGUGUGUUAUUUCGUUCUAACUGUAUUGUGAUAUUAAUAUAUAUAUAUAUAUAUAUAUAUAUAUAUAUAUAUAUAUUUAUAUCAAAAUACACGUAGAACAAAAUAAUAUAUAUCUAUAUACAUAAAUAUAUACGUAUAUAUCACUAUAUAUACCUAUAUAUAAAUAAAAAUAUUUUUUAAAAAUUAUAUAUAUACAUAUAUAUUCACAUACAUAUAUAUAUAUACAUAUAUUAAUUCUACAUAUAUAUUUAUAUAAUAUUUUUACAUAAUUAGGUAUCUUAAUUAAUUACAAUUAGCGGGACCUGCCUGACAACCCAUGCCAAAAGUAAAAGGAAUUUAAUUUGCUAGCACUAUAUUUAACCCUAUAACUUUCCAAGACACCAUAAAACCUGUACAUGGGGGGUACUGUUCUACUCGGGAGACUUCGCUGAACACAAAUAUUAGUGUUUCAAAACAGUAAAAUGUAUUACAACGAUGAUAUCGCCAGUAAAAGUGAAGUUUUUUGCAUUUUUCACGCACAAACAGCACUUACACGGACGAUAUUAUUGCUGCGAUACUUUUUACUGUUUUCAAACACAAAUAUUUGUGUUCAGCGAAGUCUCCCGAGUACAACAGUACCCCUCAUGUACAGGUUUUAUGAUGUUUUCAAAAGUUACAGCAUCAAAUAUAAGGCUUGUGUUUCAUUUUUUUCACAUUAAAAUUCGCCAGAUUGGUUACGUUGCCUUUGAGACCCUAUGGUAGCCCAAGAAUGAAAAUUACCCCUAUGAUGGCAUACCAUUUGCAAUAGUAGACAACCCAAGGUAUUGCAAAUGGGGUAUGUCCAGUCCUUUUUAGUAGUCACAAACACUGGCCAAAAUUAGCAUUUUUUGCAUUUUUCACACACAAACAAAUACUAACACUAACUUUGGCCAGUGUUUGUGACCAAAUGGCUACUAAAAAAGACUGGACAUACCCCAUUUGCAAUACCUUGGGUUAUCUACUAUUGCAAAUGAUAUGCCAUUAUGGGUGUAAAUUUCUUUCCUGGGCUACUAUAAAGUCCCAAAGGCAACGUAACCAAUCUGGCGAAUUUCAAUUUCAAAUGUAACGUGCUAUAUUUGACCCUGUAACUUCCAAAAACGCCAUAAAAUCUGUAUAUAGGGGGUACUGUUUUACACGUGAUACUUUGCUGAAUAUGAAUAUGCUUAUUUUAUUGCAGUAAAAGCAAACAGUAUUACGACAUUGACAGUUAAAAUGUCAUGUAGAACUAAAAAAAUAAACAAAAUCUUAUUUUCUCCCAUUUUUUUCAUAUUAAAUUAUGUUUCAUAGCUAAAUAGUUGAUAUUAAAUGAAAGCCAUGUUUCCCCUGAAUAAAAUGAUAUAUAAUAAGGGUGGGUGCAUUUACUAUGAAAGAGGUGAAUUACGGUUGGACAGACAUGUAGGGCAAAUGCCAGGUUUGGUUUACAUUUUGUUUCGUUCACAACGUGUACAUUUGGCUCCGUCCUUAAGGGGUUUAAUGAAAUAGUGGGUAACAGAAAUGUCACAUAUAUCCUCUUAUAUUUGUAUUUUCAGACAUAAAUAUUCAAAAUAUAAGUUCAUGCACAGUUUUAUAUCCUUAUGAGGCUCAGACAGAGGAAGAACUUGGCUUGAAGAAAGGUAUGUUGUAAAUGAAGCCUGUGUCUUUAAAUGUUUUGUGUUAUUCUUACUACCACCAUGCAAAAUUAGUCAGUCAAGUGUUUGUUUUCUGGGGACUGUAUUGUAUUAGGAGAAAGAUACAAAUGUACGCCAUGUUAAGCCUAAAAUACCUUCCCGCAAAGAGACACCCAGAGUUAAAGUUGACUCCCCAAUCUCCAUAAUGCAUUAAAAAACAAGCUAUAAAAUUUGUGGUCCAAACGACUGUCUCUGCAGUCUGGUAGUUGUAAAUUACUGCCUUUUCUGAAAAGAAAUCUGUGUUUAUAUGUAUCUUUAAGGACACCUAUAGUGUCUGCCACUCAGAAAGCCCUUCCUGUUGCUGUCUUCAUAAAAAUGUUGAAUUUCCCCAUAGAGAUACAUUGAGCUACUGCAUUUCUAUGAUUAAAUGUCCUUGCAGGGAGCUUUAAACCAGUGCUUCCUGUAUGUCCUGACCUCAGUGGGCCAGGCUGACCUGCCAUUCACGUGAGGUUGACCUGUCAUUAACUUGGGUGGACCAACUCUAUUUUCAGAUAGGUCCACCUCUUUGGGAUCGAGCUAGUGAUGCGAUCACAUCACUUAUCUAUUUCUAAAUAGAUAAGAUAAAGACUUUCUGGCGCUUCUUUUGUAUAAGCUGGGCAGCUGGUAUAUUCCAGAAACCAGAAUUUCUUCAUUCUGGCCCUAACAUUUCAGCCAAUCCUGUUCCUCCUAUUACAUUCACUUGAAACACUGUACAUAUCAUAAUAUGAAUUGCUGUGUGUUGGCUCAGGAGACAUAUAAGCCCUUUUAUAGAAAUAUAGAAUAGAGGGCCUAUAUUGCCACUUUGGAUAAUACAACUAUAUGUAAUGAUGUCAUGUAAGUGAAUUAAUGUGCCCUUAGAGUAACGCAAGGUUUAAUGAAUAUAUUUUUUCAGGUGAUCGUGUAAUAGUUCAUACCAAGGAUGAAGAUGGUUGGUGGUAUGGUACCGUAAAUGGAAGGAGAGGUUAUUUCCCUGCUACCUAUGUCAACGAGAGUGAGGAAGACCAUACAUCCCAUGCGUAGAAGCAAUUUAAAAAUCUUCAAUCUGUUUAUGAAGCAAUUAAGUUUUCAACAUUAUUCUUUACUAUGAAUUGUGAAUUCAAAGGGAGUUCCAAAUCUUGGGCACAAAUUGCUGAAUUUGGAAAAAUCUCCAAAUCGACUAUUUAGGUGUACAAUCUGAAACAGACUUUGAAUUCCCAAUAAUUCAUACUCUAGUGCAGGCAUAGGCAACCUUCGGCACUCCAGAUGUAUUGGAAUACACCUCCCAUGAUGCUUUGCCAGCAUUAUGGCUGUUAGAGCAAUAUGGGGAAUGUAGUCCACAACAUCUGCAGUACCGAAGGUUGCCUACUCCUUCUCUAGUAAAUAACCCAGUCUUAUUGUAUAAAAAAAAAAUAUUUACAAUGUUUCUGCAAUAUCAUUGGCAUACUGUAGUACUAUUACUUUUAUCUUUGGACUAAAGUCACCAAACAGUAAAAUGUCGCAUAUUGCAGAAGAUUUAUACAUUUUAAAUCAAAAUACAUAAUUUGGAAAGAAAACUCUAUUAUUUAUAGUCUUCAUUUGUUUUCUAUAUUUUGCUAGUCAGGUGUUGACUCCGCAGAACAAUGACAGGAUUAUAUACAGAAACCAAAGUGAGAAUAAAAAGUGAAUUUCAUAUGUAAGACCAAAGAAGCAGAACUAUAUGCAUUUCCAACUGAGAAUUUUUCCAUUUCACCUACUUUUACAUUAAAUUUUAAAUUUACUUUGAAUUCUCACUUUACUGAAUAACCCUUUUUUGUAUUAUGCAAAGAUAUCCCUUAACAUAAGAAACACUGUCAGUGAGAAUUGCCAUGCAUUCAAAGUGAAUUCAAAUCAAGUCAAAUUUAAAGCUAAUGUAGUUAACUGGAAGACAGCCACUAGAGGCUGGCUUAACCCCAAAUGUAAACAUAGCAGUUUCUCUGAAACUGCUAUGUUUACAUCUGAAAGGUUAAUACCUGAGGGAACUGGCACCCAGACCACUUCAUUGAGCUGAAGUGGUCUGGGUGACUAUAGUGUCCCUUUAAAUUCAAAAUUCACUUUUUAAUGCACUUUAAAUUGCUUGCAAUUCUGACAUUGUUUAAUAACCCAAUAACUAAAAUAGUGAGUUAAAAAUAUUCAAUUGUACAGUCAGUUGCAAAAGACCAAUUUAUAUCAGUAAAAAAACUUCUAUAUGAUGAACUCAUAAUAGAUCUGUCUCCUACUGCUUGACCCUUGAAGCCAUCUUAAAUUUAUCAUUACAAAAAUCAAUAUUUCUUAAUUGCAAAACUACUGAAAUAAUCCAACAUCACUAUUAACUAGUAAACAUUUCUAAGAUAAAGAUUUUUAUCAAUCCCCUGUUUGUUCCUUGCAAUGGGUGGGUUCGAUGUUAAAGGUACACUCGCAACAUAAUCAUUACAUCCAACUAAUUGCUUGUAAUGUGAGGAAGCUGUGCAUUUUAAAUUCAUGCAUUGUUUGAAAUCUCCAGUAAUCAAACUUCAAAGACCAAGUUUGUGAAAUAUUAGCACAGAAGUAAGCAAUAUCAAUGUGCUCACAUAUGGUAGGUGUGAGGAAAAUAAAUAUACUGCUUAUCUCUAUAUGUAAGGAACACUGGUGGUUUUAUUAACAAUAUAACAUACUUAAUAUUUAAUGUCAUUAUUGGAGCUUAAUGCCAGCAUACAGUAAGUACAGUUGAAUAAUAAUUUGUGAAAUGCAUGUAUUUACAACAAGUUAUAGCAAUCUGCAUUGAUCUCUGUAUGGCUCUGAGUGACAUCAGAACCCUCCGUACUAUAGUGUGUGGGAGGCUGUAGGGGGCUGUUACUUUGAGCCUAUUUGCAGAUGUCAGAUUGUAGUCCUGACAUAGGCAUUCGUUUUUUCCGAGCAAUGCUUUCCCGUACGAUUUUCACAAUUUGCAGGAAGUCUGAGCAGUGGAGAGUUUGAAGGUAUUAAAGAUAAGUUGUUAUCUUCCUAGCACCAUAACUACUUAAGUGAACUUCUGCAGAAUUUUUUUAUUAUCUUUUUUUUUUUUUGACUUACAGAAAUUUGCAGUGACAAUCAUUCGGUAUUUCGCCAAUUUAUCAAAUCUAAAGCAUUUAACAUUUGAUAAAGGAGGAACUCUCAAAAGUUUGUCAACUUUCUGUUAGUCCAAUAAAAAUAUAUUAAAUGAUACUACAAUACUUUCCUAUUUUGCAUCCUCACUUCCGGACUAAUAUGAAAACGAAAAUAUCAUGUCUCAUUAAACUGCAGUGUUCAUGGUGGUUGGAUUGUACCUUUAAAGAGUCAUCUUAAUUUUCUUUUUAAAUAUCUGUUGCAAAUGUCAACAGGCACUAACGAAUAUUUUAUAGUAAAACAUUUGGUUUUGAAACUGUAAUGUUUUUUAUUAUAUGAGUCACUAUUUUGUAUGUAAUUAAGAUACCAGAGAAAUAUGACAUCUUUGGAUUUUCUUUUCCUUGUUAAACAGUCUUUUUCCUACCCUAAUGUCACUGAAACUUUUGAAACAAUUGAUUUCUAAAACACACUGGAUCAUAGUAUGGUACCUGUUAAUCACACACUAGAAACCAUGGAAAAACCAAAGUGGUUUUGCAAGUCAAUAUGAUCCUGAUAACUAAUAGACAUGUGAAGUGCUGGACUCUUGUUUUUUUUUUCUUCAAAAUGUAUUUUGUAAAUGGGAUAAUUUUUGUAAGUGUUUAUAAAACAGAACGGAUACAGGAAAUUAUGUAACAAAAAUAUAAAGAUUGUAAAAGAUUAUAUAACAGCUCUAUAUAGCUUGUAAAAAAUUAACAUAAAAAGUUAUGGGUUCCAUUUAAAGGUGCUAUGAUUUUUUUUUUCUGAUUUUUUUUUAAUGACAUCUGCCAAAUGUACUGCAUACAUUUUCUUUUAAAGGAACCCUUUGGGCACAAUAACAACUUCACUGUCAUGCGUUUUUAUGGUUCCAGGAGGUUCCAGGCGUCGGCUUACCUUUAGGGAUUAAACCGUCCAUGAAUGGCUUAACCUCAGAGUCUUCUCUCCAGUGCCAUUUAGCAUUGCCGUUGUACUUCCAUUUCUUUCAAAUUCUUCAAAAAGGAAGCCUCAGACUGUCUUGGACAGGGCACCACUGAUUGGCUGAGCAAAGGGUAAUGCUGCAGCUCCAAGCCAAUCAGUAGCUCACAAUUCACAAUUUUUUUGUACCGCAAGCCAUUUUUUUUGUAUGGGGAGCUACUGAUUGGCUUAGCUGACACUCUCAGACAAUCAGCGAUACCCCUAUCCGUGGCAGUCCGACACUUCCUGUUAGUGGAACCUGAGAGAAGCAUAAGGUGCUAAAGAGAAGACUUUGGAGUUAAACUGUUCAUGAAUGGUUUAACACCAAAAGGGUAGCUGGUACCAGGGAACUCCUGGCACUUUAAUAACUUAAUGAGUGUUUCUUUACGUUUUAAUAAAAAAUACACUCCAAGCACAUAGUAGUGAUAAAUAUUUCUACACUUGAUCAUCCUAAUUAAAGUUCAUCGCUCGUGUUAAAUGUGACUUGGUAUCAAUUUAUUUAGAAUAAAAAUGUAAUCUCUG